UGGUACACUGCGGGUCUGUCGUGUCCCUAUAAGAUGUGGAAAGUAUUUGUUGUUUCUUAGCCGUAAGCGAACUUUCUUAGGCACUUGAACGUUAAUUAUUUCUUAUCACUAGUCGGUCUAGAGUGUACUGUGUUCGCGUGUGAUUCGUGCCUUCACUAUAUCAUUGAUAACUAUCUCAGAUUCAUCUGAGCGCUGGGAGGAAGAUGACUGUUUUUAUCCGUGAUAGUGUUAUGAUUUCCGUAUAAGUGUUUGUUAUUCACAAUGACUACAUCUACAAGAUCAUCUGGUGUAACUUUGAAGCCGAUAGAAGUGCCUAAACCUUUACAAGAAGGCGAAAAAUUCAUCAAGUGGGAUGAGGAUUCCUGCACUGGCCUUCCAGUCACCCUCCGGGUGGAUCCCAAUGGGUUCUUCUUAUAUUGGACUGAUCAAAACAUGGAGGUGGAAAUGUUGGACAUUGCCACCAUCAGGGAUGUCAGAACAGGACAAUUUGCUAAAUUGCCUAAGGACCCAAAGAUACGGCACGUGGUGCUGAUCGGUUCGCAAGACUCGUUGGAAGACAAGACGGUGACGGUCUGCUACGGGUCCGACUUCGUCAACGUCACCUUCGUCAACUUCUGCUGCACCAGGAAGGAGAUUGCGCAGAUGUGGACGGACGAGCUGUUCAGUCUGGCGUACAAUCUGAACCAAUACAACAACUCAACGAUGAAGUUCUUAGAAAAGUUGCAUACGAAGAUCACGCUGAAAGCGGACAAGUCUGGCAAGAUACUGGUUAAGAAUAUCGUACGGCUCUUCGCUCAAAGCAAAGAAGAUAAGAAGAGGAUAGAGAAGGCGCUCAGCGAGUCCGGUUUGCCGACCGGCAAGAACGAUACCAUCUGCCAGUCUAAGUUCCAGUUUGAAGACUUCUUCGGGUUCUAUAAGAGCCUCACGCAGAGGACCGAAGUGUUGAACAUCUUUAAUGGACUGACUAACGGCAAACCGUACCUCUCCGCAACCCAGCUGGUGGAGUUCCUGAACGUGGUCCAAAGGGACCCUCGCCUCAACGAGAUCCUUCACCCGUACGCGGACCUCCAGCGGGCCAACGAUCUCAUACGGACCUACGAGCACAAUAAGUACCAUCAGCAACGGUCGCAGCUCACCUUUGACGGUUUUUUAAGAUUCCUCAUGUCGGAGGACAACCCGAUAGUGGCGCCGAAUAAACUGGACCUCUGCGACGACAUGGACCAGCCGUUGGCGCACUACUUCAUCAACAGCUCGCACAACACUUACCUCACGGGACACCAGUUCACCGGCAAGUCCAGUGUGGAGAUGUACCGGCAGUGCUUGCUGGCUGGAUGUAGAUGCGUCGAGCUGGAUUUCUGGAAUGGGCGUACUGACGAGCCGGUGAUCGUUCACGGGUACACGAUAGUGCCUCAGAUCAACGCGCGGGAGGUGCUCAAAGCGAUCGCCGAGAGCGCCUUCAAGACGUCCGACUACCCGGUCAUACUGAGCUUCGAGAACCACUGCAACCCGAGGCAGCAGGCGAAGAUCGCGAACUACUGUAGGGAGAUAUUCGGCGAUAUGUUGCUGGAUAAACCGCUCGAUUCGCACCAGUUGGAACCGGGGGGAGAGUUGCCACCGCCUUCACUCCUGAAAAAUAAGAUAAUAAUAAAAAAUAAGAAAAAGCACCACCAUCAUCACAAGAAGGAGGCUGCGAUCGAAGACGAGCAAAGGGAUCAGGUGCCCCAGGGGAAUGGGGAGGUCACUCAUGGAUCGCUCGUGCGUCACGGCUCGAAGGACUCGUCCUCCUCCUCCGAGACGGACAGCUCGAGCGAGGAGGAGGGCGCGGGCGGCGGCGAGGCGGAGGGCGCCGCGGAGGAGGCGCGCGAGAGCCACGCCGCCGCCGAGAUAUCCGCCCUAGUCAACUACGUGCAGCCCGUGCACUUCAGCUCCUUCGAGAGCGCGGAGAAAAAGAAUCGUUUCUACGAAAUGUCGUCGUUUGAUGAAAAACAGGCCACGGCGCUACUAAAAGAACGUCCCAUAGAAUUUGUGAAUUACAACAAGCAUCAGUUGUCGAGAGUGUAUCCAGCCGGUACAAGAUUCGAUUCUUCUAACUUUAUGCCACAGGUGUUCUGGAACGCUGGCUGCCAGUUGGUGGCGCUCAACUAUCAAACUCUAGACCUCGCGAUGCAGCUCAACUCGGGCACCUUCGAGUAUAACAGGAGAUGUGGAUAUUUAUUGAAACCCGAAUUUAUGAGGCGAAAAGACAGGCGGCUCGACCCGUUCGCGGAGAGCACAGUGGACGGCAUCAUCGCCGGCUCGCUGUCGGUGAGCGUGGUGUCGGGGCAGCUGCUGACCGACAAGCGCUGCGGCACCUACGUGGAGGUGGACAUGUUCGGGCUGCCGGCCGACACCGUGCGCAAGAAGUUCCGCACCCGCGUCGUGCCGGCCAACGGGAUCAACCCCGUGUAUGGGGAUGAGCCCUUUGUGUUUAAGAAGGUGGUGCUGCCCGAGCUGGCGAUGCUGCGCAUCUCGGCGCACGAGGAGGGCGGGCGGCUGCUGGGCCACCGCGUGCUGCCCGUGCCCGGGCUGCGCCCCGGCUACCGGCACGUGCAGCUGCGCUCCGACCUGGGCCAGCCGCUCGCCGCCGCGCUGCUGCUGCACGUGCAAGUCCAGGACUACGUGCCGGACCGGCUGUCGGAGCUGGCGGAGGCGUUGGCCAACCCGAUCAAGUACCAGAGCGAGAUGGACAAGCGCGCGCACCAGCUGGCCGUGCUCACGGACGACACGGAGGAGCCGCCGCCCGACCCCGCGCUGCCCCCGCCCCGCGCCGCCCCCGCGCCCUCCGCCCCCGCAGGCCCCGUCGCCCCCGCGCCCCCCGCUCCCGCUCCCCGACCCGAGAGCGCUUCGGAGGUACCUGUGGCGCCGCAGUCGGAGCCGUCUGCAAAUAACAAUGAGGUCACACCGGCUAAAGAAGAGAACAACGUGAACGGCAACAGCAGGGAGCUCACGGUGGAGGAGCACCUCAACGCCCUCCUCGAGAGCAAAGUCGUGAAGGAAAAGAGGGCGGAAUUGGCGAGGAAGUUGGACGCGCUGAGACGGAAACAGACGAGAGGCAAACCGGGGCCCAAGUUCUUCCCCAAGAGGAUAUCUAUCAGGAAUAUGUGGGCGUCGCUAUUCCGCAUAACGCUUCUUUUGCAACAAACACCAUUGGGCAGGAGUGAACCGUGCGUGGGUUCUGAAGAGGCCAACUGCGCAGGCGCAGGCGCGGGCGAGAUGGUGGAACGCGAGCUGCGGCUGCGCUACCACCACGCGAUAUUCGCGGCGCUGGAGAAGACGCUCAGGAGCCAGCACCACCAGCAGAUGAAAGAGCUUACCACAAGUUUGGAGAUGAAGAAAAAAGACGUAUUCAACCGUCUCGAAAUUUCACGCAAGGAGGAAGUGAAAGCGUUUGCCAAGAUCAAUCGAGAUAAAGAUGAGAUACUGAGGCAGAAACGGAAAAUUAACGAAGAGUCGGUGGGGCGCGGCGUGACGGAGUGCUCGCUGCUGGAGAAGGAGCACAAGGCGCUGUGCGAGCAGCUCGUGCGCAAACACGAGCGCCUGCGCCUCGCGCUGCAGCGCCGCCGCGACCAGGAGCUUCUAGAAGUGGUGCGGCUGUGCGGCGGUGCACCGGAAGGUUAAGUCGUGGCGGCACACUUCCUGUUUCUCUUCGGAGCCCCGUUCCCGGGCCUUUGGGGCCCCACGUCUAGACGCUAACUUGGCGAUCAGCCCGGGGCCCCGGUGUGGAAGCCUCAGCCCGUUGCUUCGUGGGGCUCCCUAUUAGCCAUCGCCGCGGGGCCCCCAGUGACUAGCUUUUCACGCGUUGUGGGGCCCCGGUGACUGCGAGUGUUGUUUUGUUUAGGAAUCUGUGAUAUUAACUCCUAAGUAGCGUUGCGUCUUAUCACUACCGACGUGUUUAUGAUCGUAUUUAUCGUGUUUUGUUAACAGUAUGUAGCGUUGGGAUUUGUUGGAAAGCAAUACUUAUAUCGAAAAACCUUUUUAUCGGAGUAAAAGUCUCGUUGUUUUGAUGGCGUUUGAUAUUUUAUGGAAGAAUAUAAUGUACAGUCGGCAAAGGAAAUUUUAAUAUCUAUUUUUCGAUGUAUAACUUCUUUCAGAUUACAAUUCUGUAAAAUUAUAGCAAUCUAUAAACCUUUUUUUUUAAUUAUGUAAAAUACAUACUACCUACUGUAAAAGAUCUGCAUAUACAUAUAUGUCGCUUAAUUCCCAACCAGUGUACUGUUCACAAAGCAUUCGUCAUGUCUUACUAAUCCCGUAAUGAUUGUGUGCGUGCGGUCUCGUAUCGAUAGAGUUAGUUAGCCGAGUCGUAACUUAUACGUAACACGUAGGUCUGAGCACGUUAAGUUAUGAAGCACCGCUACAUACAUUAAUAUGCAAUUUUGGACUAUUUACAGAACGUUUAACAAAUAUAUGAUAUUUCACCUAUAAAAUAUCAGUUUCCUCUCGCAGUAGUGAAGGUUGUGUCGAUACUUUGAUACUAAUUAGACUUUUUAGGUUAGACUUGAAAAUAGUUUUAAUGUGCGUUGAAUUGAUUCUUAUAGCACGUUGAUAUAUUUUAGAUUCUUCUGUUCCAUAUUCUGUUAACAAGUAAGUGAUACAGUUAGAAACUUGAAGCAGUGAGUCAAAAGAGAUCAUUUCCUUAUGCUUAUGCUUUUAUUUGUUCUAAAUUUUCAUUUGACAAAGCUUUUUCACUCAUCACUUCAUAAUUAUGAUAUAAAUAAAGUUUAAAUUCUAUUUUCUACUAACUUCUCUAACUUGUUUAAUUUUGUUCGUUCUAUUUUCCCGCCAAUUUUGUACCAUAGUCUAUGGUUCUGUAUAUCAAUGCGUGUAGUACGUGACUUAGCGUUAGUUGUGACUCGUUUAGUUUUAACCGGUUUUAUUAUAACAUCCAUACUUUAGACCCUUUAAUUGAUACGCUAUUAUCCGAUAUUAAGUAACUUUAUAUGUCUUGCUACUUGUCACUGUCAAAACUACUUAAACAGUUUUAAUUGAUGUGAUUAUUAAAAAAAUAUAUUCCAAUGAUUGAUGCGUUAUAAUUGCAGUAAAUUACGAUGUUCUUAAUAAUAUGCUCGAUAGAUAUACUAGUAUGUGAUUCCGCUUGAGAAGCAUCUUGCCAACAAUUUCUGUAAUAUUAUAUUCAUUUUCCUUUGCAUAUUUCAGUGUUGCCCUCAUAAGAAUCAGCCUGCCUCUCUUUUUAUUAUUUUCCCCUAAUUUCAGUCGUUUGCCAUGAUUAUCUGAGCUGUAAUAUCACAAAUUUAAUUUAAGUCAGUACAUUUAAAAAGCACAAAAAGAUAAGUUUUUUUCAUAUAUUUUUGUAAUACUAUUUACGAUAUUUGUUACUAAAUACGUUCAAAAUGCCCUUAUACUAUGUUUAUAACUACUUAACAAAGAUGGUAUAUUUCUUACAGUGUAUUUUACGAUUGCUUGUAUUUGGAAGUGUUUAAACUUCAAAUAUACGCUUUUAUAACUAUCCUCUAUCAAGUUUUAAUUUUAUAAACGUGUUGUACAUUUCUUGUUAGAAUUUUUUCACGUUAAAAUGAUAUCGUUAGUGCAGGAAAGCUCAAAUUUAUUUAGAAAAUAGAAAAAAAAUAUGUAUAUUCGUUUAUAAAAUUGAGAACCUACUCUUUAUUUGGGAUCGGUUCAAAUAUUUGGCACAAGUGGCUUAACACUAACAACUAACAUAAUAUACUAAGAUAAGGUCUACAUUUUUUAGAAUUAAAAACAAUGUAUGUAAGCGAAUAAAAGUUGUUUCUCAUAGAUUUAUUGCUGACUAGAUACCGCAAGUUUACCUGUGCCGUUUAAAUGGUGUUUUGGACUAACAUACAGAAUUGCAUGUAAAAAUUGCAAAAAAAAAAAUCUUGCGGUUUCUCUAGACUUCAAUUGAUUUGUGUAACGUGUACUAGCAUGUACUAACGGGUCAGUAUCGAUAGGUUGUAGAUUAACAUUCCAACGUCUGGUUAGUGUCUGAAAUCUAGUCUGAGCUAAUCGCCUAGAUCUGAUAAUAGUCCAUAAGUGUGAUGUCGUUUUAAAAAAGUUGAAUGGUUUUUUAACUUGAUCCGCUAUUUUAUGUCGUGUAUCAAACGCAAUAGAGUUUAUUUUCCUCGAUUCGACCUAACAACAGUAUUACGAGUGUUUGAAUUAUGUUAAAGAAAAUUGAUUUACAUACAAUAUUACAACUUAAUAAUUUAACUAAUUAAUAUUCUUUGCGUUGUAUACAUUUUAGUCCAUGAGUGUUUGGCAUACAUUACUCACAAAAUAACAAAAACAUAAGACCUUUUACAUUUUCAUCCAAAUUUUUAAGUACUUUUGCUUUUUUGACUCAAUUUUUUAAACUCACAUCAGCUAGGAAGUCUUGCUAAAGACAAAAGCCUUACAAUUUUGACUUGAUUGUAUAAAAAGAGUUUUAGUAAGACAUCAUUCCGUUAUUUCGAAUUGGCUAUUGUAAAGUGCAUCAACCACCUUUAUAUCUGAACUAAAUAUAUUUACUUAAUUAAAAAGAGUGUAUAGAUGUUUUAACAUUAGACAUUCGUUAUUAAAUCCUGAUUACAUACUUUACAUACUUUCCUACUGAUUUACUUACGAAGCCUAUCUAAGAAUAUUUAUCUUCUAUCGUUCGUAAUAUCGUUCAUUAUUAAAUCAAUCUACAUAUAUGUCGUUAUUCGAACUGAUUACUAUAGACUCCAAUGUAUUUUCCGAGACGUUCUUUAAUAAUUCAAGAUUAAAAACAGGGAAUGUUUGGAUGAACUAUCUCCUUUGGAUAGCCUGUAGUGUAAGUACUGUAGAUAAUUGUGCGACGUAGCCUUGUAUGAGUCAGCUUAUGGCCGCCUUUCUUAAUGUAGACAAAAUUGUUGUAGUUAAGUGAUCGGUACGUAAUGAAUUAUUGUCGAGUAGCUUUCCAAUCGCGGCUUUGCCCGCGUGGUCUAAGAUAUCCUCAUGGAUAUAAGCGUUUCACCGCGGUAGAAAGCAGCCUAUGAUACUCACUCUCCAGUCAUCUAUAUCCGGAUACAAAAAUCAUACCAUAUGAUCGCUCCGUCGCGACGUAUAUGAAAGACAUACAAACAAACACGCUUUCGUAUUUACAAUAUUAGUAAGAAUGUAGGGGCAAGUUGUAUAUGUGUCAUAGGUUUAUAUUUACAUAAUUUACAUUAACCUAGUUUGGGUUGAUAGAAACGAGUUCGGUAUUACGAUACUUUAAAUUGAUAGCGUUUGAUAGGUUGACGAGUUAUUUUCUUUUCUCUUAAUUAAAAGUUGUGAAAAAAAUUCAUUAGGUUUUUCUUUUCCAAUUAGCAAUCCCUAGUGACUUGCGUCGGCCAAACUAAUGUUUUUACUGUUUGCAUGUCACAAAUUAAAUUAUCCAAUAAUAUGAAUCCCAUUCACAUAUUGUACUCUUACCUUGAAAUUAUAAUUGUCCUUAGGUAAGGUUUAUUGGUAGCACGGUUCGCCCUUUGUAGAUAGGUCGUGGCCUAAAUCGUUCACUGUUUAAACAUUGUUAAUAGUAAGGUCCUUUAAAGUGUCUUUUAAAAACUUUUUAGAUUUAACCACGAAUUAUAAAGUAAUAAAAUUUAAAAGAGAUCUGAGAAUAUUUCUGGACUAUCCGCAAUUUUCUUACUAAUCUAUUACGUGUCCUUCUGUUGUUCUAAAAUUCAUUGUCUGUGAUGAAACAUAUACUUAGUCGGUUUUGUACGGAUCGAACUAAUUACUUAACCUUUUAUUUGCACGUUAGCUUUAUAAACAUUUAUAGCUGUUCCUUGAGAGUAUUUUAGCCUGUUAUUGAAACCUCGAAGCCGAAUAUCGAGGGCUAUUUUCCGAUUGCAUUGUUCGAUUGCCUUUAUUGUAAAUAUUUGUAAUCUAUUGGACUAAAAUGUAUGAGUCUUAUGAAUUCUCACUAGCCUUACCGCGCGGGUCGUGAUGCCGCGUUAUAAACUAUGUAUGUACUCGUUUUUAGGAAUUUGUAGGAUUUCACAUCUCGAUAUAACAUUUAUGCAUUUACUUUGUUAAAAAUGAAUCUAUCUAUCUAUCUAUCAAAUUGAAGGUAGCGUUGUGGCACGUUAUGGAGUGGUUUUGGAGUCCCAUUAAAAUUAAUAAUCGUAGGGAUUUAAAUUGUUGCUCGGCUUGUAAGUAUCGUUAAGGGUUGUGAAUAUGAGAUAAUAUUGUGUUACGACGUUUGGGUUAUACCUUUGUGAAAUGAGCCGUCUAGAGUUUAGUCAUUUAAGUCAUGUGUGAAAUUUAGCACAGAUGAGAGUUGUUUUAUUUUAUGUCUAUGCUAUUAUACGCUUUAGUUUCAACCUUAGUGCGCCAUAAUAACUAAUAUCCUACAUAAUACUCGUAUAAUCAUGUGCCAAUAUGGUUUUGAGGAGUAUACAUAUAUAGGUACAAGCAUGAAAAAUUAAGUAACAAUGCCCUUUCGUAAAUAAAGCACAUGAGAGAUUAAGUUGAAAUUUCGUAGGUAACAUUUAAAAGUAAUGAUCAUUUAAUGGCAACUGCUAUGGGCUAUGAUAUACGUAAAGAGUAAUGUUUAAAAUUAAUAUAUUCAAAGUGCACAAUUAAAAAAAUAAUGCUUGUACAUUCAUAAACUAUAUAAGUUUUAGUUUUGUCAGAGAAAAGGAUGCAGCAUAUGUUUCACAUAGCUACAUCCGUUUCUCUCAUUGUAGAAAUUUAAACAGAUUUGCUUCUUAAUAUUGAAAAGUGCU